ACGAAUAUACAUUGUGUGCAUAUACUAACGAGCUGUUAUCACUAAUCAGCGGUGAAACAAAACAAGUGUGUUAGUGAGGGUGAUUGGUAAUAAGGCUGCUUGCGGUGUAUGAUAAAAAAUGUAAACAUUACUCACCGAGCGCGGUAAAAUCGGAAGAAUUUCAUACUGCAUUAUGGAAACAUCGGAACAUCGUGCCAUUCAGGUGCACCAAUUGCAGUCAGACAACGUGGACGACCCAAACUGCUAGAUCAGCAGUUUGUACAUUAUAAAUAACCCGCGAACGCGUGGCGCGUUCUCUUUCCUUUGGCAGCUUUGGACAAUCACCGGUGGUGCUGUAUUGUGUUAGUAUUAUUAAUAAAAGUGUUUUAGAGUUACUAAGUCUUUUUUAAAAAGUGAAUCCGUAUCACGAUUCCCAUAAGUGGUGUCAGAAGUGGGAUCGUGAGGUGUUUAAAAAGUGGUAAAAAUCCCGUCGCACGCGAACCUGCAACAACGUGAUCAUCAAACCCCUCGGAUGUGGAUAUCUUUUACUCACACAUAGCCGACUGCGGUCAGGCACUGUCCAAAUGCUCCAACGGCUGCGGAGCGUACGUCCCGCUGAAGGACAUGGCUCGCCACCUGAAUCGGUGCCCGUCGGGAUUCGGUGAGACGCCUUCUCCCCAGCCGGAACCGGAGCACAAGGCCCGCGAACUGGAGCAGGAAAUCGUGGCGCUGAGGGGUACGUUGAACGAGGAGAUACGGCAGCGGUUGUCGCUGAUUACGGACAUCGGGCAGCUGAAAAAACGCACGCAGUUGGGCGACGAGUGGACGGCUAAGGUCGGGGAUGUGUUGAAUGCUUUAAAGAAGUGUAUCAAUGAGGAAACGGAUAGUCGAUGCGUGGACGUGGAGCGGUGCAAGGUGGAUAUUAAUCGCUUGAUGAGGGAGUAUGAACGGAUUGAGGCUUGGCGUUUGGAGAUGACUACCAGGUUUAACAGAUUGGAUGGUAUUAUUGGGAAGGAGGGAGAGGAGAAGCCAAAGGAUGCGAAGUUAGUUAUGAUUGAGAGUCGGUUGAAUUUCCUGCAGACGGAGGUGGAGAACUUGCGCUUAGAGCAAAAGCGGAAGAGUUGUGAGGAAAUGCAACCGGUGAAUGGGUUGAGUGGCAAGAGCGAGGCGGCAAUCGAAGAGUUGGAAAGUAAAAUGCAAACGGUGGACAUGGUGCUGGAGGAUCAUCAUAACACGAUUCGGAUUUUUCAGGAUGAAGUUCGAAAUCAGAUGUUUGAUUUACGGGGUGAGAUAGAUCCGAUGCGGUUGGUAGUUCAAGAACAGUUGGAUAAACAAGCCAAGCUAGACUACGAGUUGAAGGGUGUGUUGAACACUGUGAACGAAAGCGAGGACGUCAAUGAAAAGAUGCAGAAAACAUUGGAGAAGUACCGGAGGGAAACUUACUACACGAAGCAGAGCUUGGAUGACUUGAAGGUGCAUCUGCAGCAUCAGGAGAAGCUGGUGGUGAUUCAAAGCACGGACGGCCAUCUGAUAUGGAGGAUCGAUCAGUUCGACAAGCGUUUCAAGGAGUCACAACAAAGCGAGUUCAUGCUUAAGAGUCCCCUGUUUAGUAAUCGACCGUUUGGAUACACGUUGAGGUUGGAGGCGAGUCUCAAUGGGAUCGGAACGUGGCGCGGUCGCAACAUGAUCGUUGGCUUGGUCGUGGUCAACGGAUUCUACGACAGUUUGCUGGAGUGGCCGUGCGUGCUGAGUGGAACGAUUACGCUGCGUGAUCAGCCGGAGGAUCGUUCCAAGCAAAGGGUCAACUACAGCCGGUCGAUUGUGGCACGACGGAAGCACCAAAGCAACGACAAGAACCAGAACAUUCACAUUCCGCACCCGGUGCUGCGGUCCGAGCACUACAUCCGGGAUGACGUUAUUUUUCUGGAGGUUCGGAUCGAUCAAUGUACGUGAAUCCGGUUGCUUUGUUUUCUUUUAUUUAUGUUCAUAUGUAAAGAAGUUGUGUGUUUUGAUUUAAGUUUGUUUGUGUACGUGUUUUAAAAUUUGGAAUAUUUUUAACUUGUACGUUAGAAUUUUUCUAAGUUUAAAGAGCAAUAGUUUGAUCCUUGUUUACUAGAUUGUAGGUGGAUUGAUUCUCUAUUGGAAAUAGUUCAUAGCUGCAUCGUGACUUACAUGUUUCCUUGGUGUUAACAUCCAUAGUUUAGGUGUAGAUUCGUAGAGAAAUAAAGCUAUAGAGUAAUAAAAGUAGUGGCGCAAUGUUUUCUGUACUCUUGUAGAGAUUUGAAACUGCGGAGCGAAUAGGAGUGUUAAACUUAAAUCGAUUUGAAUAGAGAAUCUAAAACUGUUUCAACAUUGUAUAAAAUCUGUUACACUCGCGUAAGCUGCCGUUUGUCCAUUAGACAGCUCUCAUUACAAUGGUAUUGGAGAAUAAAAUACAUCUUGUUUGAAUAUGCAGUAACAAUA